AUGAGAGGCAGGCGUGCAGAACAUCAAGAUAAAAGUCAACGUUCCGAAGCAUCGGAACCGGAGCACCAGCACCGUGCACCAACGUCGCUUUCAAGCGGAGAAGCACAACCGACUGAGCGGGCUUCGAGCUCGUUUCUGGCACUUGAGGACUCCCUGUGCUGGAACGAUGACGCGCGAGAAAGGCAGCAAGCACGAGUCGCGCGUCAAUCGAAGAAUACGCUCAGAACAGGGUUGAGCUUACGCUCACCGCAGGCGCGCCGCGGUCUAGACGAGAGUUUCUUGGCGGCUGCCGAGCCGGACGCUAGCGUCAAGAAGCUUUCGGAUCCGGAGCUUUUGCAGUUGUACGCGACUACGAUCCGUCUGUGUGCUGAGAACCGCGUCAACGCGGUGAACUCCUGGCAACUGAAUCUCAUCGACCAUAUUGCUGCGGUCGCGUUUCGCUCAGAGGGUUCGCAUGACGCUCAGCGAGGGCGGGCGCCCCGUCAUUCGGUUCAGGACGACCUCACACGUGAAGCGCUCGAUACGAACUUUGCGCUUGCGGGCUCCACCAUCGACGCAGGCGUGAAAAUAUAUGCGUACCGAGUGGAUUCUGUGCACAAUAACGCGUAUCGCGUGCUCAACGGGCUAGCACAGCAUGCUGCCGACGAGGACGAGUCACCCGAAGAGACCGCCACCGACAGCGCAACCGUCGCUGGUGAUGAGGAGCCUGCCGAAGCCACACCCUCGAGUCGUUCGCGACAGCGUUCGAAACUUGUCAAGUGCGGCUGGGGCGAAGCCACGCUGGAGUCCAACCCCGAGCAUCUCACGUUGCAGAGUCUGGAGGAGGGAUGCUCCAUCGAUCCACUAUUUAUGAAACUCAGCGAACUGUUUGACCAGAGCGGAUCACAGGAGCUACUUGUGCGCGUUCUGGAUUUGCUCGCAGACGGAACGAUGGCGCUGGAUGCAGAAGAGCAUGCCGAAGCUGUCGGGGACGCAUCACACCCUGAUGACCAGGAUGAGACGGCGGCGGAUCCAUACAUAGAGAUAGCAGCCGAGCUGUUUCCCAACGCGAUGCUGGCUUGGACACAACGCGGUCAGAAAGCUUUGUGUCCAAAUUUUCAGCGACUCUUCCAUCAACUCGAGAACGACGCAGCCGAGGCCUGGCGAACUGCCGGCACAAACAUAGCCUCCGGCGAAGUCGGCCUGCAUGGACUCGUACCCGGAACCUCAGCGAAAGAAGGGCAUCUCUUCCCCGAGGAUGACAUGUUCGGUCCACCGCGAGAUUAUGGAGAUGGCUUUGAGCACAUGGAGCUCUUUCCCAGCUCCGUGGCAACCGCAUACGAGGCCGUACCCGCGCUGAGCGGAAGCGCAGACGCUUCCGAUGCUGUAUCCGAUACGGAAAGCGCCAGUGCUGCUGUCGCUGCUGCUGCUGCUGCUGCUGCUGCUGCUGCUGCUGCUGCUACACAUGAUGAUGACGACGAUCACGAGGAUGAUCAUGACGAUCACGCCGCACUGCGUCUCGCCGAAAGCCAUGCGAGCAGCAGCGGUGGAGGCGGCUCCGACGACGCGCUGCACACGUCCUUGUUCGGGAGUGCAGCGAUGGCGCCAGGUUGCGCCGAUGCUUUUCAACUUUAUCUGAACUUGUUCCGAAAUGGACAGGCUGCUGGCAGUCUCCUUCGUGCCAUUCCCAGGGAGUUGUUCAGUAGCUGGGCCGGCCCCGAGCACUGGAGACCACCACACGCUGCUGGACUCCUGGCAGGUCAGCCGCAUCCAUCGAGUGCGAAGCGACCGCGUCCCAAAGCCGGGCAGCAGCAGCAGCAGCAGCUGGACUGGAGAAAACCCGUCUCAGAUCCCGCUUUUGACAACAAGUUUCAGGUAUGCCGACGGAGAGGCGUCACGCAGCUCUCGGCAGCUGUUCUCGAACGGCACAGCGAACAGCGCACAACGUUGCCUCCGGACCACCAGUAUACGAUCGACGCGUUGAUGCGUCUGUUUACGCAGCCUUCGUGUUCGAUCAUGGUAGCCGCAGCCCGUCCGCAUGCUUCUCGAGACAAUGCUCGUUCUGGUGCAGGCGCUGGUGCUGGUGCUUCUGCUUCUGCACCCUACACCGACACCAACCUGCAGGCGCUCCAGACUGAGCUCGACUGGCGAGCCUUUGAAGAUGAGAACUUUUGCGCACCGCUGGAGCGCUCAUCGUCACAGCUGAGCACUGCCGACGCCGAAUCCAGCGACACAGAACUGGAAACUGCCUUCCACGCCCUCGAUCUGGUCUCUGAUGUGGAUGCGCUCGGGUGCAUCGAUGCGCGGCACUUGGUACCGCUCGUAGACGCACCUGCCGCCGUCGAACGAAUCGAUUUGGCCCAUGCAACUCGUGCCAAACGCGUUGAUAUGCAUCUCUUGAAGAAUGUGCUCUGGGAAGUGAUUCAGCGCCACCUUGCUACGCACUGUGCGGAAACCGAAGCGUCCUGCGAGAAUCCGGGUAUCCGACCUGGCAACGAAACCAGGCUGCGCGCUCUACUACCCGAAAUCUGGCCGCGUCUGGGUCAGGAUCUCCGCUCCGAGGUGUCGCUCUCCUACAUCUUCAUUGCGUUACUCCAUCUGGCAAACGAGCGGGCACUGAUCCUCGAGUCGUGUCGCCCGCUGCUCGACGAUAUGCGCAUCGCCAGCGGUACAUCGUCCAGUGCAUCGUCGUUUCAGACGGUGACGGGCAACGGUUCAUCGCUUAGCGCCUGA